GGCUACGCAGCCCCGGGCGGAGCCGGGAACCCACGGGACCUGCUCCCCUGCGCGAGGACCCGGCGCUGGAGCCCGGGGGCGGGCGUGGGGGCGGUAUCUUCUCGGUCCCCCAUCGCCGCCCCUCCCACUCCGCCCGGGGCCCGGAGGAUGAGCCCCGGAGCACCCCCAGCCCGCCCCAGGGCCGGCCUCGCCCGCGAGUCUUGCGCCGCCGGGCCGGGCGAGGGCGGCACCGGGGCGGGGACACCGGGUCUCCGGGCGGGCUUUGGAGGAAGUCGCGGGCCCGCCUCCUCCGGCGCCCCGGCAGCCGCGCUUCUCCUCCCGGGGAGCCGCUUCCCGCCGCCGCGCGAGGGCGUCCGGUUGAGGCUGCUGGUGGCUCAGCUGUGCUCAGAUGGAUGGGACAGAGGCCCGACAGCGGAGGCCAGAGGAGCUGGGGCUGCCACACACGCUCAGCACUGGACAACUCCCUGCAGCCCCAGAAGAUGGAACUCUGAGUGUACCUGAGGGCCCCAGGGUGGCCCCUAAACCACUGGGGACUGAGCUCAGCAGGGAGACCGCCUUGUCCAUUGGCCUUCAGGUGACAGUGCCCUUCGUGUUUGCGGGCCUGGGACUGUCCGGGGCAGGCAUCCUUUUGAACUAUUUCCAGGACUGGCCCGUGUUCGUGGAGGUAAAAGACUUGCUGACGCUGGUGCCGCCCUUGGUGGGCCUGAAGGGCAACCUGGAGAUGACGCUGGCGUCGCGGCUCUCCACGGCGCAGGGCCGUGUUGUCAGAAGGGUCCACGGAGAGAGAGGCAGGGGGACGUCCAGGCAGAGGACGGAGCCUGUGAAGGAAGCAGGUCCUGGGAGAGAGGGUGCCGCUGGCUUUGAAGGUGGAAGAAGGGCUGUGGGUCCAGAGAUGAGUCUCGACCUGCCGGAGACAGUGAAGAACGGAGGCUGCCCAGAGCCCUGGAGGCACCAGAGGGCCCACUGUGGGCUCCCGGCCUCCAGAGACGACACGCGGGCCAACAUGGGGCACCUCGACGAGCCGCAGGAGCAGCACAGAGUCAUCAGCAGUAACCUCGCCCUCAUCCAGGUGCAGGCCACCGUGGUGGGGCUCCUGGCUGCUGGGGCUGCCCUGCUGCUGGGCGCCGUGUCCAGGCAGGAGCUGGACCUCACGACGGCAGAGGUGCUGUGCGCCAGCAGCGUCCUCGCCGCCUUCCUGGCGGCCUUCGCCCUGGGGGUGCUGAUGGUCUGUAUCGUGAUCGGAGCGCGAAAGCUCGGGGUCAACCCAGACAACAUCGCCACGCCCAUCGCGGCCAGCCUGGGGGACCUCAUCACCUUGUCCCUGCUGGCCUUCGUCAGCAGCUUCUUCUACAAACACAGAGACAGUCGGUACCUGACGCCGCUGGUCUGCGGGGGCUUCGCGGCCCUGACCCCGCUGUGGGUCCUCAUCGCCCGGCAGAGCCCGCCUGUCCUGAAGGUCCUCAAGUUUGGGUGGGUCCCCAUCGUCCUGGCCAUGGUCAUCAGCAGCUUCGGAGGCCUCAUCUUGAACAAAACUGUCUCCAGCCAACAGUACAAAGGCAUGGCCGUGUUCGCUCCCAUUGUGUGCGGUGUUGGUGGCAACCUGGUGGCCAUUCAGACCAGCCGUGUUUCCACCUACCUGCACGUGUGGAGUAUGCCCGGGGUCCUGCCCCUCUGGAUGAAAAAACUCUGGCCUGACCCGUGCUCCACGUUCUGCACCUCAGAAGUCAACUCCACAUCGGCCCGCGUCCUGCUCUUGCUAGCAGCUCCAGGCCACCUGCUCUUCUUCUACAUUGUCUGCCUGGUGGAAGGCCCGACGGUCCCCAAUGACAAGACCUUCGUGGUGCUCUACCUGCUAGCAGGCCUGGUCCAGGUGACAAUCCUGCUGUACCUGGCGGAAGUGGCGGUGCGGCUGACGUGGCACCAGGCCCUGGACCCGGACAGCCACUGCAUCCCCUACCUCACGGGGCUGGGAGACCUGCUAGGCACUGGCCUCCUGGCACUCUGCUUCCUCAGCCACGGGCUCCUGAUGGGAGGCAUCUCAGGACCAGUGCCCGGACCUUCCUAGGAGCUCAGGAGUCCAGCUGCGCUGUGCAGCGUCCCCUGUGCCCGUAGGAGCAGGACGCAGCCUCCCCGGCUGGGCCCUCGUGUGGAUGCCUGUCAGGUGCUGAGACGCACAUUGCUGGGUGCAUGUGGAGGGCAGGUGCCCGGAGGUGCUGGAGGAAGAGGCGUGCCUGCACUUCAGUGGGACACCUGGGUUGGGAUGACGUGGGAAGAAGACCCUCUGCCCCUGCUCCGUCUAGCCCUGGUGGCUGCGUGACCAGGACAGGGCCCUGCCCCCCAUCUGCUUCCCGCAUGUGUCACCGCUUGCUUUUUUUUUUUUUUUUUCAGCAAAACAGUUAGUUUAAGUUCCCUGAUAGUUAAAAUUAUUUUAAAGUAAAUCUGGAAUCUCAGUUCCAGCCUGAGAUUGGGGUGGGAUUGACGAGCUGGGCGAGUGAAAGGCUGUAACCAUCGGCUGAAGGAAGAAUGCUGUCGACCUUCAGGCUGCCACUGUGCAAAGGCUUUUAUUCACUCCUGCUGGGCCGCGCCCCAACGCCCACCGGGAAUCCUGGUGCCCAGGAGCCCAAGAGCCGCUCUGAGCACCUGGGGGACCCUGACCACGGGGCGUGUAAGACAGAGGCCCGGCCCCUCGUGGAGGGAGACCACAGGCCAAGGUGGGUGAUGGGAACCAUUUCUACACAGAGAUGCCCUCGAGCAGGACGAGAGGAGUUGGGAUGGAGCCGGGGUGGAGGGAGGGUCAGGCCCAAAAGCCCCAAACUCAAAGAUAAAGCAGAAGGGGCAGGGUUUGGAUGAUUCAAGUCUGAGAAUCAAAAUAUCUAAAGAAACACACUUGAGAAGUCACAAGGCAAAAAAAAAAACCAAAAAGCCGUUUUUGAAACCCUGUGUCCAGUCUGCAAAUAACAAAUAAAUAUGUGCAAGUUUA